CAGGAAGGUCAGCGUGUGGAGGAGCUGCUGGUGGCUACGGCGGGUUUACCCCCCUUCACAGUAGUUGCUGAAAGGCAGCGGCAGAGCCGGACAGCCUCGGCCGGAGGCGGUGAGGAGUAGACGGGCCGUUUGCCGGAACAGCAUGGAGGGCGGCGGGGGCAGUGGCAACAAAACCACUGGAGGUUUGGCCGGCUUCUUCGGAGCGGGCGGAGCCGGUUACUCGCACGCGGAUUUGGCGGGUGUCCCAUUGACUGGUAUGAACCCUCUGUCUCCUUAUUUAAAUGUGGAUCCACGAUAUCUUGUGCAGGAUAAUGAUGAGUUUAUUUUACCAACUGGAGCAAAUAAAACCCGGGGAAGAUUUGAACUGGCAUUUUUCACCAUUGGAGGAUGUUGUAUGACAGGGGCUGCAUUUGGGGCAGUCAAUGGUUUACGUCUAGGACUGAAGGAAACCCAGAACAUGGCAUGGUCCAAACCAAGAAAUGUACAGAUUUUGAAUAUGGUGACUAGGCAAGGAGCACUAUGGGCUAAUACACUAGGUUCUCUAGCUUUGCUGUAUAGUGCAUUUGGUGUCAUCAUUGAGAAAGCUCGGGGUGCAGAAGAUGACCUCAACACAGUAGCUGCUGGCACCAUGACAGGCAUGUUGUAUAAAUCUACAGGUGGUCUUCGGGGUGCUGCACGAGGUGGCUUCGCAGGACUAACACUUACCAGCCUCUAUGCACUAUACAAUAACUGGGAGCACAUGAAAGGCUCCUUUCUCCAACAGUCACUCUGAAGAUUUUGUCAACUUGUGAACAGAGGACAUUUUAGCCACCUGUGUCAAUUCAUAGCUCUGGAUUUUUUCUCUCAUAUAACCAUAUAUUUAGUUUUAAAAAUCGGAGAUACUGAAUUUCCUGUGAUGAAGAUCAUCGGUUACUGGCAUUCCUUCCACCCAAAACAUUUUGGUGGCUGAGUAAUGUGGUUCUCAUGUUUUGGAGAUCCUGCACUUGUUUUGUCUCCUAACUUUUGAAGUGGAAGCCAUUUACUCCCAGAAUUCAGGUCAUGAUUCUUCAGGUCAUACUGUUAUCACUAUAUUUGUUCAUUUAAUGAUUCAAAGCUAUAAUGUUGCCCUGUAUUUCCUAAUAAAGGGUGAAGAUAGAACCAAAGUCAAACUUAA